AUGGCUGCUGAACAACGAAAGCUGCUCGAGCAGCUGAUGGGCGGGGGUAUGGCAUCGCGCAGCGCCCAGCUCCCAUUGACCGACCCCAAAGUGUGCCGAUCGUACCUGGUCGGCACCUGCCCGCACGACCUCUUCACCAACACCAAAGCCCACCUGGGCGCGUGCCCGCGCGUGCACUCGGAGGCGCUUAAGGCCGAAUACGAGGGGCUACCGGAGGCCGAAAAGAAAAAGUACGGGUUCGAGUACGACUACAUGCGCGACCUGCAGAGCCGGAUUGAGUCCCUGCUUGAGGUCGAGAUCCUGGCUGAGACGGGCGAGGUCGCCCGCGCCUACGACGAGUACUACAAGGUGCGCCACGCCCAGGCCGCCAAGGCCGAGCGCGAGAAGGAGCUCAAGGCGCUGUCCGAGACCUCGGGCCCGUCGGGCCACCAGAAGCUGCAGGUGUGCGAUGUAUGCGGCGCCUACCUGAGCCGUCUCGACAACGACCGCCGCCUGGCCGACCACUUCUUCGGCAAGAUGCAUUUGGGUUUCGCCCAGAUGCGCAAGGCGUACGACGCGUUCCCCAAGGAGAUGCGCGGGAGACAGCGUGCGCCGAUGCCGAUGGGCGGCGGGGACGAGGAGAUGGGUGGUGUGCCGACUGGUCCCGGGGGAGGAUAUGGUGACGGUUGGAAGGGGCCGAGGGGCCCCAGGAGUGGCGGGUUCCGUCCGCGCGGGCCGCGGCGGGGGUGGUAG